AUGCUGUGGCGUCGCGUGAGGAACCUGUAUACAACCAUGAAGCUGCUGCUUGUGGUGACACUUCUAUGGCACAAGGGUUUGUGCGGAUCUCCGAGCGUACAGAUCGGCGGUUUAUUUCCCAGGGGUGCGGAUCAGGAGUACAGUGCAUUCAGAAUUGGCAUGGUCCAGUUUGGGAUGGCAGAUUUCAGACUGACACCACACAUAGAUAACCUGGAGGUGGCCAACAGCUUUGCUGUCACUAACUGCUUUUGUUCCCAGUUCUCUCGAGGUGUCUACGCCAUUUUUGGCUUUUAUGAUAAGAAGUCGGUCAACACCAUCACAUCCUUCUGUGAGACGCUUCAUGUCUCCUUCAUCACACCUUCUUUCCCAGCAGAGGGAAUGAAUCAGUUUGUUCUCCAGAUGAGGCCAGACAUCAAGGGGCCACUGGUUUCAUUAGUGGAGUACUACAAAUGGGAAAAGUUUGCCUAUCUAUACGACAGUGACAGAGGUCUUUCUACUCUUCAGGUAAUACUGGACACUGCAGCAGAGAAAAAAUGGGUUGUCACAGCAAUAAAUGUAGGAAAUCUGAAAGAUGAGAGGAAGGAUGAAGCCUACCGCUCUCUGUUUCAGGACCUGGAGAUCCGUAAGGAGCGACGCAUCAUCCUGGACUGUGAACAAGACAAAGUCAAAGACAUCAUGGAACAGGUGAUCACUAUAGGCAGGCAUGUGAAGGGAUACCACUAUAUCAUCGCUAACUUGGGUUUUGUAGAUGGGGACCUCUCUAAAAUCCAGUAUGGAGGUGCAAAUGUAUCUGGCUUUCAGAUAGUAGAUUUUGAUGAUCCUGUGGUAGCAAAGUUUGACCAACGAUGGGAGGCUCUGGAAGAGAAGGAGUAUCCUGGAGCUGAUACACGGAUCAGAUAUACCUCAGCCCUUACCUACGAUGCUGUCCAUGUGAUGACAGAGGCGUUCCGCUUCCUUCACAAGCAGAGAAUAGACAUGAGUCGUCGUGGCAACAGUGGGGACUGUCUUGCCAAUCCUGCAGUGCCCUGGGCACAGGGUGUGGAGAUUGAACGUGCCCUCAAACAGGUGCGUGUCGAUGGUUUGACAGGUAACAUUCAGUUUGACCAGUACGGUAAGAGAAUCAACUACUCAGUGACAAUCAUGGAACUGAAGAACAAUGGACCUGUAAAGAUUGGCUAUUGGAAUGAGGUGGAUAAGAUGGUGGUGACAAAGUCAGACCUUUACCCCAAUGACACCAUGGGAAUGGAAAACAAGACAGUCAUCGUUACGACAAUACUGGAAGCCCCCUAUGUGAUGCUGAAGAAGAAUGCUGAGCUGUUUCAAGACAAUGACCGUUAUGAAGGUUACUGCGUUGACUUAGCUGCAGAGAUUGCAAAGCACUGUGGUAUACGCUACCAGCUAAGGAUUGUGGGAGAUGGCAAAUAUGGAGCAAGAGAUGCUGAAACCAAGAUCUGGAAUGGUAUGGUUGGAGAGCUGGUGUAUGGGAAAGCAGAUAUAGCCGUUGCUCCCCUGACGAUCACUCUUGUUCGUGAAGAGGUGAUAGAUUUCUCCAAACCCUUCAUGUCUUUGGGAAUCUCCAUCAUGAUCAAAAAGCCACAGAAAUCCAAACCAGGAGUCUUCUCCUUUCUGGACCCACUGGCCUAUGAAAUCUGGAUGUGCAUUGUCUUUGCCUAUAUAGGAGUUAGUGUUGUGCUCUUCCUGGUAUCCAGAUUCAGCCCGUAUGAGUGGACGUUAGAGGAGCCAGAGGAUGGAGCUUUGCCGCUGACAACUGAAUCUACCAAUGAGUUUGGGAUCUUUAACUCCCUUUGGUUCUCUUUAGGUGCUUUCAUGCGACAGGGUUGUGACAUCUCACCAAGGUCUCUGUCAGGUCGUAUAGUUGGGGGGGUGUGGUGGUUUUUCACUCUGAUCAUCAUCUCAUCAUACACUGCCAACCUAGCUGCCUUCCUGACAGUGGAGAGGAUGGUUUCUCCCAUUGAGAGUGCUGAAGACCUGGCUAAACAGACAGAGAUAGCAUAUGGAACCCUGGACUCUGGAUCCACCAAGGAGUUCUUCAGGCGCUCUAAAAUUGCCUUGUUUGACAAAAUGUGGCAAUACAUGAAGUCAGCAGAACCUUCCGUCUUUGUAAAGAAAACAUCGGAGGGUGUCCUGCGUGUCAGGAAGUCCAAAGGGAAAUAUGCCUACCUUCUGGAGUCAACCAUGAAUGAGUACAUCGAACAGAGGAAACCUUGUGACACCAUGAAAGUGGGAGGAAACCUGGACUCCAAAGGCUAUGGCAUCGCAACGCCCAAAGGAUCCCCAUUAAGAAAUGCGGUGAACCUGGCGGUGUUAAAGUUGAACGAGCAGGGGCUGCUGGACAAACUGAAAAACAAGUGGUGGUAUGACAAGGGAGAAUGCGGCAGCGGAGGAGGGGAAAGCAAGGAGAAGACCAGCGCUCUGUCUCUUAGUAACGUAGCAGGAGUCUUCUACAUACUGGUCGGAGGUCUGGGUCUGGCCAUGAUGGUAGCACUGGUGGAGUUCUGCUACAAGAGCCGCGCUGAGGCCAAAAAAAUGAAGGUGGCAGCCAACACUUUGUCGUCCCCCCAGCACACAGGAAACUACACACACACUCUGUCUUCUCCUCAACAUGCCCCCAACUUCAACCUGCUGUCCCCCAGCCACCAGCCAAACUACGCCACCUAUAAAGAGGGCUACAACGUUUACGGCAUUGAGAGCGUCAAGAUCUAA